AAACCUACACAAAUCUGGAUCUUUUCAAUUAUUAACCUAUUUUAAUAAAAAGAAAUUCCUCAAAAUGUAUUGAUCGAAGAAUAUGGCGGCUCCGCCAUCCUCGCUUCACCAGAUUUUUCCUCAAAAUUACAAGAAACGUCAAUUCUCUAAUUCUCAAUUGUUCAUUUUUGUCGUCGGCGUUGUUUAACCAGGAUCUAUGUUCUGUUCUAGUCGGAUUGAUGUUUUUAUGGUCGGAAUUCUUAUGGACUUCAUUGGACAGUGGGCAGAAGACGAAAUCGAAACUUUUGAUCAGUAGACGAUUAAAACUCCAGGUCCUUGGGUCUUGGUUUUGUGAUGCUCAUGAUCUCUGUGCUUUCCUCGGGUUGAUGUGGGAAAAGCUGGAACCAUUGCAGGGUAAAUCAUCGUGGAAGAUGAAACCGAUUAAGGUUCUCAUGGGAGUGACGCUCUUGUACUUUCUUCCGGCAAAUUUCGCAGAGGUGAGUCGAGGAAGACAAGAACUGGGUCGACCCAUCUUCAUCGACAAGGAACCGUAUCAGGCUAUCAGCAAUAACCGGAAGUUUAAGCGGAGUAGUGAGAUAUCACGUUUAUUGCAGAGGCAAGACUGAAGAGACUACAAAAUGCACAUACAGUUUUGUAAUCGGAUCAGACUAAAUAUAAAAAAAGAUUUUAAAAAAUGCUAUAUUUAAUUAUAUACUCAAUUUUGAUUGGUGUAGUUUUCAUUAUCUUCUUUAGAUAUGUGACACGUGCUCUUUUCAUCUUUGAAUAAUUCCCUUUAAACAUCUUUCAUCUGAAAAAAAUUGUUCAUAUUAAAUUGUUUUUAUAUAAUGUAGGAUUAAAAUUCAAAAGAUUUUUGUUCUGUUACAAACAU